AUGUCAGGAGAUUUUAGCAAUGAUGUUGACUUCAAGUACCUAUGGGUAAACAGGAAGGCGCUGUUGAAGACGAUGGAGGGCUUUGACGGCAAGAAGGCUUGCUGGGUCCCCGAUCCGGAGGAGGGAUUCUCUCGCGGAGAGAUCGUCUCUUCCAAGGGCGAUGACAUCACCGUCAAGAUCCUGAGGAACAACGAGUCCCGCACGUUGAAGAAGGAUGACCUCCAGCAGGUCAACCCUCCCAAGUACGAACAGUGUGACGACAUGGCCAACAUGACCUACUUGAACGAGGCCUCUGUGUUGAACAACCUCCGUCAGCGUUACGUCAACGGCUUCAUCUACACCUACUCGGGGCUGUUUUGCGUGGCUGUGAACCCCUACCGUCGUCUACCCAUCUACCAAGACUCGAUCAUCGCCAAGUACCGCGGAAAGAGGAAGAUGGAGAUGCCCCCUCACUUGUUCGCCGUGGCCGAUAACGCCUUCCAGAACAUGUUGCAGGAUCGCGAGAACCAGUCCUGUCUUAUUACUGGAGAGUCUGGUGCCGGAAAGACUGAGAACACGAAGAAGGUCAUCAUGUACUUCGCCAAGGUCGCCGCUGCCCAGCAGAAGACAGAUGAAGCUGCUGCUGACUCUAAAAAGGGUUCCCUCGAGGACCAGAUUGUGCAGGCCAACCCUGUACUCGAGGCUUACGGUAACGCCAAGACCACGAGGAACAACAACUCCUCCCGAUUCGGUAAAUUCAUCCGUAUCCAUUUUGGCCCAUCUGGUAAAAUCGCCGGUUGUGACAUCGAGCAUUAUCUGCUCGAGAAGUCUCGCUGUACUUACCAGCAGUCUGCCGAGAGAAACUACCACAUCUUUUACCAGUUGUGUACCAACGUGUACCCCAAGUACCAUGAACUCUGCUUGCUGUCUCCGGAUGCCGGCCUGUACUCUUACGUAAACCAGGGCGUGCUCACUGUUGAUGGUAUCGAUGACAACGAAGAAAUGAAGGCAACUGAUGAAGCCUUUGACGUGCUCGGCUUCAGCCAGGACGAGAAGAACAGCAUGUACAAGUGCACAGCCGCUAUCAUGCACUUUGGUGAGAUGAAGUGGAAGCAGAACCCAAGAGAGGAACAGGCUGAGGCCGAUGGAACCGCAGAAGCUGAGAAGGUUGCUUUCCUUUUGGGUAUCAACAGUGGGGACCUGCUUAAGGGUCUUCUGAAGCCUAAGAUCAAGGUCGGCACUGAGUUUGUCACUCAAGGCCGUAACAAGCAGCAAGUGGUCAACUCUGUUGGCGCUAUGUCGAAAUCGAUUUACGACAGGAUGUUCAGCUGGCUUGUGAAGAGAGUCAACCAGACCCUUGAUACUAAGAAACCAAGGAACUAUUAUAUCGGUGUGCUGGACAUUGCUGGUUUCGAAAUUUUUGACUACAACAGUUUUGAGCAACUGUGCAUCAACUACACAAACGAGAGGCUGCAGCAGUUCUUCAACCACCACAUGUUUGUGCUGGAACAGGAGGAGUACAAGAAGGAAGGCAUCCAGUGGGAGUUCAUCGACUUCGGUAUGGACCUCCAGGCCUGUAUCGAGCUCAUUGAAAAGCCAAUGGGCAUUCUUUCCAUUCUGGAAGAAGAGUGCAUGUUCCCCAAGGCUUCUGACAAGACCUUCGAGGACAAGCUGAAGACGAACCAUCUCGGCAAGUCCAAGGCCUUUGGUAAGGUCACCAAGAGCAGGAAGGGAGGCAGCAACGCCCACUUCGAACUUGGACAUUACGCCGGCGCUGUACCAUACAGCAUCACCAACUGGCUUGAGAAGAACAAGGAUCCCCUGAACGAGACCGUUGUUGCGCUCCUGUCCGAUUCAAAGGAGCCUCUGGUUGGCACUCUCUAUGAGAAACCAAAGGAGGAGGCCAGUGGUGGUGGCGGCAAGAAGAAGAAGUCCAGUGCCUUCCAGACCAUCUCGUCCGUGCACAGGGAGUCCUUGAACAAGCUGAUGAAGAACCUGUACAACACCCAUCCCCACUUUGUGCGCUGUAUCAUCCCCAACGAAGUGAAGACCCCCGGCAUGAUUGACGCUGCUCUUGUCCUCAACCAGCUCCAGUGUAACGGUGUGCUUGAGGGGAUCCGUAUCUGUAGGAAGGGUUUCCCAAGCAGGGUCAUGUAUCCUGAAUUCAAGCAGAGAUACUCCAUCCUGGCCGCCAGCGCCAUGCCCGAGGGCUUUGUUGAUGCCAAGGUUGCCACUGAGAAGUGCCUCAGCGCCAUCCAGGUCGACCCCAACGACUACAAGAUCGGUAACACCAAGGUCUUCUUCAAAGCCGGUGUCUUGGGAAACCUUGAAGACAUGCGCGAUGAACGUCUGUCCGGCAUUGUAUGUCUGUUCCAGGCACACAUCAGAGGUGCCCUCAUGAGGAUGCAGUACAAAAAGCUCCAUGACCAAAGGUCUGCUCUUGAGAGGAUCCAGAGGAACAUUAGGAAGUGGAUGGCAAUGAGGAACUGGCAAUGGUGGAAACUUUACGUCAAGGUGAAGCCUCUGCUUAACGCCGCCCGUGCUGAUGAUGAGAUUAAGAAGAUGGAAGAGGAUUUCACUAAGACGAAGGAAGAACUUGCUAAGGUUGAAAAGAUCAAGAAGGAGCUUGAGGAGAGAUGUGUUGUGCUUGCCAGAGAAAAGGAAAACAUGGCUCUUCAGCUUGCCACCGAGGGUGAUACUCUUGGUGACAUGGAAGAAACCAUUGAAAACCUCACCAAGCAGAAGUUUGACUACGAGGCCCAGCUCAAGGAAUACGAAGAGAGCAUAGCUUCCAUGGAGGGUUCUGCUUCAGACCUGGAGGGCGUCAAGGCUAAGCUUGAAGAGAAGGCUGCUCAGCUUCAGACGAACAUUGAGGGUCUUGAAGAUUCUCUGAAGAAGGCUGAACACGAAAAGCAGCACAAGGACAACCAGAUCAGGACCCUCCAGGGUGAGAUGUCCGCCCAGGAUGAGACCAUUGGCAAGCUCAACAAGGACAAGAAGAACUUGGAAGAUACUGUCAAGAAGACCCAGGACUCCCUCAAGGCCGAGGAGGACAAGGUCAACAACCUCAACAAACUCCGACAGAAACUCGAGUCUACCCUUGAUGAGCUUGAGGACAACCUUGAACGUGAGAAGAAGGUCCGUGCUGAUGUGGAGAAGGCCAAGAAGAAGCUUGAAGGUGACCUCAAAGCCACUCAAGAGACUCUUGAGGAAAUUGAGCGUGUCAAGUCUGAACUUGAGGGUAGCAUCAAGAAGAAGGAGAAUGAGAUCAAGAGCCUGAACCAGAAGCUUGAGGAGGAGCAGGGACUUGUGGCCCAGCUUCAGCGCAAGAUCAAGGAGCUCCAGGCCCGCAUUGAGGAGCUGGAAGAGGAACUGGAAGCCGAAAGGCAGAACAGGUCUAAGGUUGAGAAGCAGAAGCAGGAGCUGACCCGUGAGCUUGAAGACAUCGCUGAAGCUCUUGAUGAGCAGGGCGGCCAGACAGCGGCCCAAGUGGAGCUUAACAAGAAGCGGGAGGCUGAGAUCCAGAAGAUGCGUCGUGACCUCGAGGAACAGGCACUCCAGAGCGAGUCCACCAUCGCCUCCCUAAGGAAGAAGGCACAGGACUCAGCCAACGAGAUGGCCGACCAGAUCGACCAGCUCCAGAAGGUGAAACAGAGAGUUGAGAAGGAGAAGGGACAACUGAAGAAUGAGAUUGCUGACCUCCAGGACCAGGUUGUCAACGCCUCAAAGAAGGGAGGUAUGUCUGAGAAGAUGAGCAAGCAGGUCGAGUCCCAGAUCUCAGAGUUCAACUCGAGACUUGACGAGAGUGCCCGCAGCAUCCAAGACCUCAACGCCACCAAGGCGCGCCUCCAGGCCGAGAACGGCGACCUGAUCCGCCAACUGGAGGAGGCUGAGAGCCGCAUCAACCAGCUCAACCGGGAGCGCUCCAACCUGCUCGUUCAGCUAGAAGAGGCCCGACGUAACGUCGAUGAUGAGAUGAGGGCCCGCCAGAAGCUUUCCAGCGAGCUGCGUAACUUGAUGUCGGAUAUGGACACCCUCCGAGAGCAGUUGGAGGAGGAAGGUGACGCCAAGGUCGACCUCCAGAGACAGUUAUCCCGCGCCAACUCCGAGGCAAACGCCUGGAGGGUCAAGUAUGAAUCCGAAGGCAUGGCCCGGGCUGAAGAACUAGAGGACAUUCGCCGGAAGUUGUCCGUCAAGCUCCAGGACACCGAGUCCGCUCUGGAUGCCGCCAACAACAAGAUCAGCGGUCUUGAGAAGAACAAGAGCCGGCUGCAAAUGGAACUCGAAGACGCUGUUGUGAACUCUGACCGCUCCAGCGCCGCCGUCACCGCCUUGGAAAAGAGGAACAAGUCCUUCGACAAGACCAUUAGCGAGUGGCAGCUCAAGGUCCGCAGCAUCCAGACUGAACUCGAGAACACACAGAAGGAGUCUCGCAGCUACAGCACCGAGUUGUUCCGCGUGAAGACCCAGUACGAGGAGAUCAUCACUACAGUUGACUCACUGAGACGCGAAAACAGCAACCUUUCCGCUGAAUUGUCUGAGGUGACCGACCAGCUGUCCGAGGGUGGCAGAAGCGUGCAUGAGGUGGAAAAGACGCGCCGCCGUCUGGAGAUGGAGAAGCAGGAACUGCAGGCCGCCCUCGAGGAGGCUGAGUCUACCCUGGAGCAGGAGGAGGCCAGGGUCGCCCGCGCCCAGCUCGAGAUCCAGGGCAUCCGCUCAGAGAUCGACCGUAGGAUCGCCGAGAAGGAGGAAGAGUUCGAGAACACCAGGCGUAACAACGCUCGUCAGCUCGAAUCCAUGCAGGCAACACUUGACGCUGAAUCCAAGGGUAAGACUGAAGCCAUGCGCGCCCGCAAGAAGCUUGAAUCUGACAUUAACGAGUUGGAGGCUGCCCUUGACGCCGCCAACCGUUCCCGCGCCGAGAUGGAAAAGAAUGCCAAACGCUUCCAGGAGCAGUCCAGAGAAUUCCAGGCCGCCAUUGAUGAAGAGAGGCGCAAGACAUCUGAAUCUCUUGAGAACGUUCAAAUUGCCGAGCGCAGGGUGACCACAAUUAUUAAUGAGUGCACCGAGAUCCGCUCCGCCCUCGAGUCUGCGGAGAGGUCCCGCAAGGCGGCCGAGAACGAGUUGGUUGAGACAACAGACCGCGUCAAUGAGCUUACGUCCCAGAUGCAGAGCAUAUCCAGCGUCAAGAGGCGUUUGGAGGCUGAUAUCAGCGCCAUGUCCGCCGACCUUGAAGAAAUGAGUUCCGAGGUGCGCCGCGCUGACGACCAGUGCAAGAAGAUGACCAUCGACACCAACCGUGCCUAUGAAGAGCUCCGCUCCGAAAAGGAACAUACCUCCCAGCUUGAGAGGAUCCGUAGAACGAUGGAGACCGAGAUUCGAGAAGUCACUCUGCGACUCAGCGAAGCCGAGUCCAAGUCCCUCAAGGGAGGUAAAUCUUUCAUCGCCAAGCUGGAAACCAGAGUUGUGGAACUUGAAUCUGAGCUCGACAACGAGCAGCGCCGCCACGCAGAGACUCAAAAGAACGCCCGCAAGGCCGACCGCCGCCUCAAGGAACUCGCCUUCCAGGUUGAUGAAGACCGCAAAAACCAAGACCGUCUCCAGGAGCUCAUUGAUAAACUCCAUGGCAAGAUCAAGUCUUACAAGCGCAUGGCAGAGGAAGCCGAGGAAGUUGCCGCAAUCAACCUGGCCAAGUACCGCAAGGUUGCUGACGAGCUCGAUAACGCCGAAGAUCGCGCGAGUUUCGCCGAGAACUCCCUGCAGAAGUCGCGCCUAGCAACCCGCAGCCAGUCAACGUCCCGCGUUACAGGUAGCACCGUUGUCAGGACACGCAAGGUCGUCGUCAAGGAGGAAACAACAAAUGACGAGAUCCGCAUUUCCUCUCCAUUUGGCUCAACCUUAGAUAGCAACAUCUUACCAACCACUGAGGGCGAUGGAAAACAAAGUGUAACUGGGGGUGUAACUGGGGGUGUAAGUGAGGGUGUCACUGUGAGUGUAAGUGAGGGUGUCACUGAGGGUGUAACUGAGGGUGUAACGGUGGGUGUCACUGUGAGUGUAACUGAGGGUGUCACUGUGAGUGUAAGUGAGGGUGUAACUGAGGGUGUAACGGUGGGUGUCACUGUGAGUGUAACUGAGGGUGUAACUGAGGGUAUAACUGAGGGUGUAACUGAGGGUGUAAAUGAGGGUGUAACGGGUGUAACGGUGGGUGUAACGGUGAGUGUAACGGAGAGUGUAACGGUGGGUGUAACUGAGGGUGUAACUGAGGGUGUAACUGUGGGUGUAACUGAGGGUGUAACGGUGAGUGAAACGGUGGUUGUAACUGUGAGUGUAACGGUGAGUGUAACUGAGGGUGUAACGGUCAGUGUAACUGAGGGUGUAACUGUGGGUGUAACGGUGAGUGUAACUGAGGGUGUAACUGAGGGUGUAACUGAGGGUGUUACUGAGGAAGUAACUGAGGGUGUAACGGUGGAUGUCACUGUGAGUGUAACUGAGGGUGUAACAGAGGGUGUAACGGUGGGUGUCACUGUGAGUGUAACUGAGGGUGUAACUGAGGGUGUAACUGUGAGUGUAACUGAGGGUGUAACUGAGGGUGUAACGGUGGGUGUAACUGAGGGUGUAACGGUAGGUGUAACUGUGAGUGUAACUGAGGGUGUAAAUGAGGGUGUAACGGGUGUAACGGUGGUUGUAACUGUUAGGGUAACGGUGAGUGUAACUGUGGGUGUAACUGAGGGUGUAACGGUGAGUGAAACGGUGGUUGUAACUGUGAGUGUAACGGUAAGUGUAACUGAGGGUGUAACUGUGGGUGUAACGGUGAGUGUAACUGAGGGUGUAACUGAGGGUGUAACUGAGGGUGUAACUGAGGAAGUAACUGAGGGUGUAACGGUGGAUGUCACUGUGAGUGUAACUGAGGGUGUAAUGGUGGGUGUCACUGUGAGUGUAACUGAGGGUGUAACUGAGGGUGUAACUGUGAGUGUAACUGAGGGUGUAACAGUGAGUGUAACUGAGGGUGUAACGGUGGGUGUAACGGGUGUAACGGUGAGUGUAACUGAGGGUGUAACGGUGGGUGUCACUGAGGGUGUAACUGAGGGUGUAACUGAGGGUGUAACUGAGGGUGUAACUGAGGGUGUAACUGAGGGUGUAACGGUGGGUGUCACUGUGAGUGUAACUGAGGGUGUAACAGAGGGUGUAACGGUGGGUGUCACUGUGAGUGUAACUGAGGGUGUAACUGAGGGUGUAACGUGUGACAGUGAGUGUAACAAUGAGUGUGACGGUGAGUGUGACGGUGAGUGUGACGGUGAGUGUAUUGGUCAGUGUGACAGUGAGUGUAACGGUGAGUGUAACAAUGGGUGUGACGGUGAGUCUGACGGUGAGUUUAACGGUGAGUGUUACAUUGAGUGA